CUCUCUCUACCUACCUAUAUUGUGUAUGUAUGUAUAAAGAGAAAAUAUGUAUCGUUCUUAACGCAGAUUCACCUGUAUAUGUUAUUACAUGAACUAUUUUCCUUUGGAAGACUCGGAUCUUUGCGGGUACACAUACAAAGCAUAACAUAUCUAUCACCAAUUAACCAUUGAUUGAAUUUGGACAAUGUCCGGUGGUGGAUCAUUCAUACGGAUUACGCUUGUAAUAUUCAAGUUGUUGCUUGUGUUCGUCAGCUGUCAGCAACAACAACAGCAACAACUUAAAGCAACUUUGCAGCAAGGAACCAAACAACAGAUACUUCCUGCUGGCAACCAUGAUAAUGUCCUUGUGGUUUCAACACUUAGUGGUUCCUUAUAUGCCCAAGUACCAAAUACUGGGAAAAUUCUCUGGAUUCUUAAAGAAGAUCCUGUGCUGAAAAUGCCCAUUGAUUUUUCAUCAAAGGCUCCCAGUUACUUUCUACCAGAUCCCACCGAUGGAACUCUUUAUGCUGUUACCAAAGACAUUGUGGGUAUCAAGAGGCUCCCAUUUACCAUUCCAGAACUUGUGUCGACAGCUCCUUGUAAAAGUAGUGAUGGAAUGCUUUAUUCUGGUUCCAAAAAAGAUGUCUGGAUUGCUGUGGAUCCAAAGACUGGCAGCAAACUUUAUACACUUAAAAUGGAUGGGACGGAGAACGUGUGUCCUUCUACAAAUGAAAAUAUCAUUUUCAUUGGCCGUACAGAAUAUACUGUCUCCAUGUUUGAUGUGCAGAAUGGAAUGAGGAGGUGGAAUGCUACGUUUAUGGACUAUUCUUCACACAUAGCACAAGAUUCUGAUUAUGAUCUACGUCACUUUUCGGGCAGUUCCAAAGGCCUGGCUGUUACGUUAGAUGGCAAAACAGGAGAAAUUCUUUGGUAUAAAAAUUACGACUCUCCAGUUGUGGCCAUGUACAGCCUAGGACAGGAAGGUCUUCGGAAAGUUCCAUUCACCAGCUUUGCUCCUGAAACCUUGGACCACUUGACCGGUCAGUUGUCUGAUACUCUGUGGAAGGAUAGAUUUCUUGACCAUGGAAAACAGCAAGAAUUUUUCCGUACUCUCUAUGUGGGCGAGUACGAACAUGUCCUCUAUGCCUUGGACUCUUAUGUUGAUGAAAAUACAGUGACAGUUUCACCCAAGAACAAGGUCCGCUUAAUCGAAGGCCCAUCUAUGUUUAAUCUAGAGAACCAAACAAAAGCCAACCUCUCUGAACCCGGCCCCAACUACCAACAUGAUUCUGCUUUAUUCAUCAUAGGUUACCACGAAGUACCAGAAUUGGCGUUGCGACGUAUAUCCCACGCCUACCAAAUUACUGGCGAGAAUCGUCUGCCUUCUCACACAAAAGACAACAUACACAAAAGUUCCUUGAAGAAGGCCAACAACAAGGAAAUAAAAGAUAAUUCCAGUGAUUCACCGUUGUCAAAUAACGACCUCGACGGGACGAAAAUCCUAAUCACUCUGCUCCUUGUGCUUUUCGGAGUUGCUGUCUUGAUUGUUUUUUACAUACCAUGGCAAACAGCCCAGUUACUUCGGAAGUUCCUACUUCAGCAUGCCAAUCAGAGUUCAGACACAUCACUACAGAAGUUAUUACUUCAGCAAACUAACCAGGUCCAAGAGGUUUCCAGAGAUUCCAGUGACUCAACUGACAGAACAAUCCAACAGCUAACCCCUUUGUUAAAUCAGUCUGAAAACGCAAGUGAAUCUUUACCAGACGGUGCAGUCAGAGUUGGCAAGAUUCUGUUUUACCCACGAGACAUUCUCGGACAUGGAUCAGAAGGCACAAUUGUCUUCAAGGGUUUAUUUGAUAGUCGAGAUGUUGCUGUGAAGCGUCUGUUGCCAGAAUGCUUCAGCCUGGCUGACCGUGAGGUUGAGUUGCUGAGAGAAUCUGACCAACAUCCAAAUGUUGUUAGAUACUUCUGUACGGAAGCUGAUUCCCAGUUUCGGUACAUAGCUUUGCAAUUAGGUACAGCAACUCUAGCAGAUUAUGUUGAAGAUCGAUGUCCGUUACUGAAGGAAUUUGACCAGCGGUCUUUGUUGCAUCAAGCUAUUUCCGGUAUACAACACUUGCACUCACUGGACAUUGUUCACAGAGAUAUCAAACCCCAGAAUGUUCUUCUUUCAAUAUCCGGUGUCCAGAAUGAGCCAAGAGCUAUGAUUUCUGACUUUGGUUUGUGCAAGAAGUUAACUGCUGGCCAAGGUUCUCUCUCACAUCGGCCUGGAGUGACCGGUACUGAUGGAUGGAUUGCACCGGAAGUCAUUGCUUGUUCUGGCAGCCAGAAAAUAACGUGUGCUGUCGACAUAUUUUCCGCUGGUUGUGUAAUAUACUAUGUAGUGACCAAAGGUCAACAUCUGUUUGGUGACAGUCUACAAAGACAAGCUAACAUUAUGGCAGGACAUUUUAAUUUAAGCUGUCUUGCUGAUGAAAGUUAUUUUAUGUGCCGCAGCUUAGUCCAACAAAUGAUUUCUUUUAACCCCCGUGACCGACCAACUUCGAAAAGUGUACUUAAACAUCCCUUUUUUUGGAACCAACUGCAACAGUUGCAAUUUUUUCAGGAUGUUAGUGAUAGAAUAGAAAAAGAGAAAGCAGAGACCUGUGAAAUUAUCCAGAGACUAGAAAUUGGCAGUGAAGUUAUUAUCAAAGACAACUGGAAGCUACAUAUCACUGAAGAACUUCAAGAAGACUUGAGAAAAUUCCGUACAUAUAAUGGCGCAUUGGUGAAAGAUUUAAUCCGAGCAAUGAGAAAUAAGAGAAAUCAUUAUAAAGAACUUCCAGAAGCAGUCCAAAAGUCUUUAGGUUCAUUCCCUUCAGAGUUUAUUGAAUAUUUCACAUCCAGAUUUCCUCGUCUUUUAUUACAUACUUACAAAGCAGCAGUCUGUUGUUCAAAUGAAAAUACAUUGUCUCAAUAUUACGAUACUUAAGACAAAACGCACACACAUACAUACACACACACACACACAACACAUAUACAUAUUUAUCAUUUAAAAUUCUGUGAUCUCAUAUAUUCAAAACUAUAACAAACAUUUAUAAAACAUGUUAUAUACAGUCUCUUUAAUAUACAUAUGAUAUAUGUAUGUAUAAUCAUUUAAAAAAAAAAAACAGAAAAAGGAAGAAGUUUUUGUAUCAAAACAUUCUUUCUUUACAUUUUAAAAUUUCUAAAUAUUUUUAUCAUGGGAGGGAGGUAUGACAUGUUAGUCAGGUUUUUAACCAAAUGUUCGCAAUUGUACAUAUAAUAAUAAUAAUAAUACACUAUGAAUGGCUACAUUCCUAAACAGAACUUCAAAUAUGAAUAUAUAUAUAUAUAUAUAUAUAUCAAGAACAAUCUUACUUAGAAAUGGAUGCGUGCGUUCCGUCAUAUAAUA